AUGGACGACCUGAAGGCGAGCCUUGCGCGGCCGAUCCAGCUCGCGGAGCAGGUGAUCAAGUGGGCGGACGAGGCGCAGACGUGCCGGCAGGAGUGCCAGGACCUCAAGGCCAAGCUGGAGCGCCUCUCCACGCUGCUCCGGCAGGCGGCGCGCGCCGACCUCUACGAGCGCCCCGCGCGCCGCAUCCUCGAGGACACCGACAAGGCGCUCGACAAGGCCGCCGCGCUGCUGGAGCGCUGCUGCGGCCACGGCUUCGUCCGCCGCGUCUUCACCAUCAUCCCCGCGGGGUCGUUCAAGAAGGCCUCCUACCUGCUCGACAACUCCCUCAGGGACCUCACCUGGAUCCUCCGCGUCUCCAACUACGCCGCCUCCGACGAGGACGAGGAGGACGACCACAUCGGCCUGCCCCCCAUCGCGCAGAACGAGCCCAUCCUCUUCCUCAUCUGGGAGCAGAUCGCCGUGCUGCAGUACGGCGGGCUCGAGGCCCGCGCCGACGCCGCCGCCAGCGUCGUCUCCCUCGCGCGCGACAACGACCGCUAUGGCAGGCUCAUCAUCGAGGAGGACGGCGUCCCGCCGCUGCUGCGGCUCAUCAAGGAGGACGCGCCGACGCGCAGGAGAGCGCCGCGCUCGCCAUCAGGCUCCUCGGCCGCGACCCCGAGUGCGUCGACCUCAUGA